AUGAAAUUAAAAGAAAUCCAUCGGACAUCGACCUUUGCAUGGUCUCCAGCAUCUGCAAUUCCUCUUCUGGCAACAGGAACCGUCGCUGGAGCACUAGACGAGUCGUUCUCCAACGACUCACGCCUUGAAAUAUGGGCUCCAAACUUUAUGGAUCAAAAUGAAUACGACUUGGGUGGCGAAGGACACCCACAAGCUAAUCAUUGCAUCACGACUUCAUCCAGGUUCAAUCGACUUGCAUGGGGUGCAAUCGACGCAACGCGCCCUCAGGGUAUCGUCGCAGCAGGUAUGGAGAACGGAGAGCUCAAUCUGUGGGAUCCAGCAAAGAUUGUCGCCGAGGCAGAUGCAGCGGAUGCUUCGAUUCUCAAGAACAAGGCACACGAUGGUCCAGUUCGAGGUGUAGACUUUAAUCCAAUCGCAAAAAACUUGUUGGCGUCGGGUGCCACCAAUGGCCAGGCGAACCUCACAUCACCCUACUCGCCUGGCGGAAGAAGCAGCAGACUAGAUGAGAUUACUGCUCUCUCAUGGAACAGUGGCGUGCAGCAGAUUCUUGCUACAGCCAGUAGCACUGGAUUCACGGUUGUCUGGGAUCUACGAGGAAAGCGAGAGGUUGUAGCCCUCUCAUACUCUGCCGGUGGCGGGCCAAUGCAAAGUUCACGACGAGGCCAAAGCGCUGUCGCAUGGCAUCCAAAUAAUUCAACGAGACUGAUCACGGCUUCGGAAGACGAUGCAUCACCCGUGAUCAUGCUCUGGGAUCUCCGAAACGCGCGAGCACCUGAAAAGCUCCCUGCCGCAUCUAACUGGGCAUAUCAAGUAGAGUGGUGUCCCCGAGACCCAAAUAUCCUCGCCACCGCAUCAUUUGAUGGAGCUAUCGGCAUCCACUCCCUGCAAUCCACCAACCAGGAUCAGAACAUCGCACCAACUCCACGUGCUACCGACGACCCUCCAUUAUGGCUCAAGCGUCCAGCCUCUGGUUCGUUUGGCUAUGGCGGCGUGUUCGUCAGUAUCUCCAACGUGGCUGGCGCUGCUGGGCAGCAUCAGAGCUGCGCAGUUCAUUUGCGCCCAAUCACCACCGAACCCACUAUUAUUGAAAGAGCAAAGACAUUGGCCGAGGCCUCCAAGGACGCUGCGGAGCUCAACACAUUCGCAGAUCAAAAGACCAAAGACGCUGCUGCGAAUACAGAAGAGGCGCUAGCUUGGAAGGCUCUCUCAAGUCUGUUCAAAACCGGUUCGAGAGAUGAGCUCAUUGCUCUACUGGGAUUCUCAAAGGAGAAACUCUCUACACGAAUUGCAGAGGCUGUCAAGAACCUCCAAGGAAGCACACCAACAGCGACCAAAACAUCUCUCCCCGAAGCAAAGGAGGAGUCAACGGAGCCCGAAGUUGUCGUAAAGACAGAGCCGGAAGAACCAUCGCUUUCGUCCACACCAUCCCAGGACUCUGCCUCGUCCCUCUUUGGUGAAACGGCAGAUAACGCGGAUGCAGACUUUUUUAGCUCUAUGGGAGGAGCACCGGCUCUUCCUCCUCACAUGAGGGUUCCUCAUACAGAUUCCAAAGGAGAGUCCUCAGCUGCCGCAACCUUGGGAUCUCCCGGUACAUCAGCUUCGCCUUCAGAAUUUGUGAAGAAUGAAACAUUUCAAAUUUAUCCAGAGGGCGAGUCGGAGGUCGAUCAACUGGUGACACAGGCUCUCGUCUUGGGCGAUUUCGCUUCUGCAGUCGAACUUUGCCUCUCUGCAGAGCGCUUCGCAGACGCGAUCCUGCUCGCUGUCAAAGGCGGGCCAGAGCUCUUGAAAAAGACCCAGAAGGCCUACUUCGAACGCAGCACGGUCAGGCUUCCGUAUCUCCGCCUUUACCAAUCCGUCGCCGGUAACGACUUGGCAGACAUUGUCCAAAACGCAGAUUUAAAGGAGUGGCAAGAGGUCUUUGUCAUUCUCUGCACCUAUGCGUCGCAAGAGGAAUUCUCCAACCUAACGGAGCAACUGGGCCUGAGACUCGAAUUUCAAGGGAGCGUCGCCAAGCAUUCGGGAGCUGAUGAUGCGUCGACCCGAGCCAAGACGCUGCGCAAGCAUGCCACCCUCUGUUACCUUGCGGCUGGUAAUCUAGAGAAGGUUGUCAACAUUUGGGUCGAAGAGAUGACAGAAGAACAGCAUGUCCUGGCUGCUAACCCUGAAGACGCGCCCAAGGAAGCCUCUCUGUAUACAACACACGCUCAAGCACUCCAGACAUUUGUAGAAAAGGUUACUGUCUUUAGGGCGGCAGUCUCCUACAAGGACGUCGAGCUAGAAACUCCCACGACAUCCCAAGCCGUGGCUGAAUCUGGAGCAAGGACCUACAAGCUCGCUUCCCUCUACGACCGGUACUUUGAAUAUGCCGAUCUCCUGGCCACCCAGGGUCUAUUGGAUCUCGCGGUCUCCUACAUUCUCCUGAUACCAAAGGACUACAAUGGUGGCGGAGGUGAUGGUCCCUUCCGCUUUGGUCGAGAGCGACUACUUGCAGCGGCAGGCAGGCAGCAGCCUACGACAACAGCAACAAUUUCCCCAGCUGUUCCCGCCAAAACGGCUCCAUCGGCAGCAACUCCGGCUUUAUCGAAACCUCCCGCGCCCAGAGCUCCUUACAAUCCAUCACCAUACUCCACGCAGACUGCACCUUCAUAUCCAGCACCCGCACAAAGUGCCUAUACACCGUAUGCACCUCCCGCAAGCAAUCCGUAUCAAGGAGGUGGCUACAAUCCCUACCCAAGCGGGCCUCCAUCUUAUAAUCCGCAACCGCCAAUGACGACUACUCCAAUGAUACCUCCUCCACCUCCUGCAAUCAACACUGGCUAUACUCCGCCAGUUAGCAACACCCCGACCCCGGCCAAUGCGGCACCCCCUCCGCUGCCUGCAGCCUUGCGAAAAGAUAUUCCCGGGUGGAAUGAUCCUCCUUCUGUCGUGGCUCGCAAAACGCCUGUGGGACAUCCACGAGACGUCGCGCCCAUCACUAAUCCCCUGCCAAAUUCACCUCCCAUAACAGGACCGUCCUAUCAACCGAUGGGGCCGGGAGGCAUUCCACCACCGCCUCGAACGGGAUCUGCAGGCAUCCCACCACCUCCGCGAGCGGGUCAAUCCGUACCUCCGCCUCCUAGAGCUGGUGCUUCUGUACCCCCACCACCACGAGCAGGUGCAACUCUCCCGCCACAAAUUCCUCCGCCUGGAUCGCAGUUUGGUUAUGGACCUCGCCCUGGUUCAGUAGGACCCCCGCAUGAUGCAAGACCACCAUCGACUGGACCACAGGUUAACAAUCGAUAUGCACCCCCUCCUUCGUCGGAUCCAGCGAGCUCGCAUACGGGAAUACCUCCCCCUCCACCUAAGCAAGGACAGGGUCAUCUUCCACCACCACCCAUGCGUGCACCUGGGCCAUAUGCUCUUCCGCCACCUGCUGCAGACUCGGCACCAGGGCCAAAGGUGCCCCCGCCCCCACGCGCGGCAGGCGCACCUCCGAUUGUUCGUAGUGGCACUUCCCCCGCGCCUCCUGCACAGUCUCCAGUGUCGACGCCGGCGCCUCCCAAGGCAGCUGCUCCCAAAUAUCCACCGGGGGAUAGGAGUCACAUCCCAGAAUCUGUCAAAGGUGUCUACCAAAUACUAUUCGCAGAACUUGAAAACUUCAAGAAGAUUACGCCCAAGCGUACUGGAGAUGACGUGGAGCGCCGCAUGAAUAUCUUGUUUGACUCUCUAAACUGUGCGACGCUAUCGGUCCCAGUGGUUCAACAGUUGAUGCAGAUUUGCGAUGCCUUCCAAGAACGAAACAUUGGAGCGGCACUCCAGAUUCACCUUCAGAUGCUCACAGAAGGUAGCCGAGGAGGAGACGACAUUACCGUCUGGAUGCCAGCCCUCAAGCAGCUCUGUCAGAGGAUGUUGGGAUAG